GGUACAUAAACAGUAAGAACUGCCGAGGAGAACAGACUAGCCUGCUGCCUGGAAGAGGCUCAGACCUGCUUGAAGGAGAUAUUCUCUGACCUGUUGAGCUCUCUGCAAGUAGUACAAUGAACUCAAGGGUUCCUGCUUUUGGUGAUGUAGCUGCAUGCCUUUGAGUUGUCCCUGCCCCUGCCCCCUCUCAUCUCCUCCUGUGGCGACAGAAAAGGUGGCAGAAAAGCUGAGUUCUACUCUCUCAUGGGUGAAGAACACAGUCUCGCAUACAGUCAGUCAGAUGGCCAGUCAGGUGGCAAGCCCAUCUGCUUCUUUACAUACUACAUCCUCAUCUACCACACUGUCAACACCAGCACUUUCACCGUCUUCCCCAUCAAAAUUGAGUCCAGACGACUUAGAACUCCUGGCUAAGCUGGAAGAACAAAAUCGACUGAUAGAGACUGAUAGCAAGUCUUUAAGAUCUGUGAAUGGGUCAAGAAGAAACAGUGGCUCCUCUCUCGUGUCAAGUUCUUCCGCCUCCAGCAACCUUAGUCACCUGGAAGAAGACUCUUGGAUUCUUUGGGGAAGAAUUGUGAACGAAUGGGAUGAUGUGCGCAAGAAGAAAGAAAAGCAAGUGAAGGAGCUUGUCCGUAAAGGGAUACCCCACCACUUCAGAGCAAUAGUUUGGCAACUUUUAUGUAAUGCACAGAGUAUGCCCAUUAAGGAUCAGUAUUCAGAACUCCUGAAGAUGACUUCACCUUGUGAAAAAUUGAUUCGAAGAGACAUUGCUAGAACUUACCCAGAACACAAUUUUUUUAAGGAAAAAGAUAGCCUUGGACAGGAGGUUUUAUUUAAUGUAAUGAAGGCCUACUCCUUGGUGGAUCGGGAGGUUGGUUACUGUCAAGGCAGUGCUUUUAUAGUUGGACUGUUGCUUAUGCAGAUGCCAGAAGAGGAGGCUUUUUGUGUCUUUGUUAAAUUAAUGCAAGACUACAGACUUCGUGAACUCUUCAAACCAAGCAUGGCAGAAUUGGGCCUUUGCAUGUACCAGUUUGAAUGCAUGAUACAGGAGCAUCUUCCAGAGCUCUUUGUACAUUUUCAAUCUCAGAGUUUCCACACAUCAAUGUAUGCAUCAUCCUGGUUUCUGACUAUCUUUCUUACAACCUUCCCACUACCCAUUGCAACAAGGAUAUUUGAUAUCUUUAUGUCUGAGGGUUUAGAAAUUGUGUUUCGAGUGGGAUUAGCACUUCUUCAAAUGAAUCAGGCAGAAUUAAUGCAACUUGACAUGGAAGGGAUGUUACAGCAUUUUCAGAAGGUCAUUCCACAUCAGUUUGAUGGUGGCCCAGACAAAUUAAUCCAGUCAGCUUACCAAGUCAAAUAUAACUCAAAAAAAAUGAAAAAACAUGAAAAAGAAUACACUACAAUAAAGACAAAAGAAAUGGAAGAGCAAGUUGAAAUUAAAAGGUUACGGACAGAAAAUAGGCUUUUAAAACAGCGGAUUGAAACAUUAGAAAAAGAAAGUGCCUCCUUGGCAGAUAGAUUGAUACAGGGACAAGUGACAAGAGCCCAGGAGGCUGAGGAAAACUACCUCAUAAAACGGGAGUUGGCCACCAUCAGACAGCAGAGUGAUGAGGCCAGUGCUAAGUUGGAGCAGGCUGAAAGCACCAUCAGGGAGCUCCGGCACCACCAUCAUUGGCAUAAAUGCAGCUCCACGUACAACGAAGAUUUUGUGCUGCAGCUGGAGAAGGAGUUGGUCCAAGCCAGACUGAGUGAGGCCGAGUCUCAGUGCGCACUGAAGGAGAUGCAGGAUAAAGUGUUGGACAUAGAAAAGAAGAACAACUCGUUCCCUGAUGAGAACAACAUUGCAAGGCUUCAGGAGGAGCUCAUCGCGGUGAAGCUCAGAGAAGCGGAAGCCAUUAUGGGUUUGAAAGAACUCCGACAGCAAGUCAGAGAUCUAGAAGAACACUGGCAACGUCAUUUAGCUCGAACUUCUGCGAGAUGGAAAGAUCCGCCCAAGAAAAAUGCUUUGAAUGAGUUACAAGAUGAGCUGAUGAGCAUUCGCCUUAGAGAAGCAGAAACACAGGCGGAAAUAAGAGAAAUGAAGCAAAGGAUGAUGGAAAUGGAGACACAGAAUCAGAUCAAUAGUAACCAACUUCGAAGAGCAGAACAAGAGGUGACCAGUUUGCAGGAGAAGGUACAUUCCCUUUCUGCGAAGAACAAAGGAUUGCUUACCCAGUUAAGUGAGGCAAAGCGCAGACAGGCAGAGAUGGAAUGCAAGAACAAAGAGGAAGUCAUGGCUGUGAGACUCCGGGAAGCUGAUAGCAUAGCCGCCGUGGCUGAACUGCAGCAGCACAUUGCCGAGCUUGAAAUUCAGAAAGAAGAGGGCAAGCUCCAAGGACAACUGAACAGGUCCGACUCUAACCAGUACAUUAGGGAACUGAAGGACCAGAUAGCCGAGCUGACUCAUGAGCUCAGAUGCCUAAAGGGCCAGAGGAACUUUUCCAGCCAGCCACCUUUUGAUGGAAUCCACAUUGUCAGCCAUUUGAUAGGAGAUGAUGACUCAUUCCACUCAUCAGAUGAAGAUUUUAUAGAUAGCUCCUUACAGGAAGGUGGCAUUGCUUUUCCUCUGCACAGAAAACCUGGCUCUACGUCCCUGCAUCCCACCUUGGCAGACGGCAGUGAGAGCGAAACAGAAGAUGGUGUACUAGGAACUCAACAGAGUGACCGUGAGGAUGCAAAGGAACAGCCCCCACAAAGAGAGUCCUACUCAACUACCGUCUGACCAUCACUGUGGCAGCCAGGAGACCUUAGGGUAGCGGUCACAUGGAAAGAGUCUGGGGGCCAUCCCUCUGUCCUGUGUCUGUUUUUUACAGCCUCAUAUGACUGUCUUUGCCAAAUGUUCAUUGAAAUUCCAUUGCCACAGCAGACCGGAGUAUGCUAAUUGGUAAAUGGGGUUCUAACAGUAUUACAGAAUAUUAAUUUUUCUUAUUUAGAAAAUAUUGCUGUGUCUAAGUAUAAGAACCAUUUUAAAAUUCAGGACUAUGGGAAAUUGGAUUUUCUUUACACAAAACCGUUCUUGUGCAAUAUUUUAUCCUCAUUGAACAAACUGUACAUUUAUGUUUAUCAAUGUGUUUCCAAGGUGGCUGUCUCUUUAGACAUUUGACCAAAACACAGAGGUGAUUUUACUCAUGUUUUGAGGAUAAUUUUCCUUCACUAGAAUUUCAGCUCUGUUAGUAGAUCAUUGAAGAUUGAACACAAACAACUUUUUUUUCAUGUUUAAUUUCUAAACAAAGUAAUUGUUGUCUGUUCAGAAAGUUUUUUUGUUUCAGUUAUUAAAUUUUAUGUGUAUCAUACUUGGAUGUGUUAGUCAGAAUAGUAGCAGGUUAACUGCAGGUGUGUUAUCUGUACAUAUUUAUAAAUCUGUCACCCAGCAUUGACACCCUUUUACUCGAGGAGCAGACACUGACAGUGGCUGCUUUCAGCAUUCCAAUAGGACUUCUGUAAUAGCAGGUUAAAAGGAAACUAAACACAGACCAGACACUACUUACUGUUGAAGCUGCUGCAGUAACCUUUACUCAGCACUCCACACUAGCAGACUUAUGACCGAUCGGUCUCUGUUCAGACACUACUAGUAAAGCCCUGUGACCAAUAAGCUUCCUUCACGAUGAAAGAGGUGACAGCACACGCUAUUUCAAUGCUAAUCUAUUUAAUACGCUGUAGCACUAGGAUAUAUCUGGAAAAAAAUCUGUGAGUAUUGUAUUUAAAAUCUCUAGUUUCUAACCGACAGGUAAAGCCAUAAGAGCCCUUUCUUUUUAGUCGUUGCUUUGUAUUUAGACUUUUUCUCUAGAAAACUGAACGCUUGUUAUUUGUAAGUUGAGAAACAAUGCUCGCACGUGGAAAGGCUGCCAAGCCAGUCUGUGAUGAUUGGGUGUUUUCCACCUCAUUUUGGUUAGUAGCCUAAGCCAUAGAGGAAGAGAGAAUGUAGUAUGUAUGGAAGUCCAUUUUUGCACAGAAUGUUGCAUACAUGAAGAAAAAUAUUUUAUGAAAUGGAGUAGAAGAAACAAAAGUAAUUUUCUUUCUAAAACUAUGUAACGCCUUAUGCUGCAUGCAUUGUGGGCUAGGCUUUCCCAGUAAGGGUGUCCUAGCUUGGAAACAUGCCUUCUGUGUCUGGAGAACCCACUAAAUUUUAGUAUUUAAUUUACCUGUAAAUUACAAGCUAGUUAUUUAGCAGAGCUAAAUCUCUCUCUCUCUCUCUCUCUCUCUCUCUCUCUCUCUCAUUCUCUCUCUCUCUCUCUAGACUUCUAAAGGUCUAGCUAAUGAGUUUUUCAGCUCCCUGUUUUCUGGUAAUGCUACUUAAAUAAUUUCCAUUUAAGUCACUUUUCUUUGUAUCUCCUGUAGAGAUAGUUGGGUGUUCUUUAGCUUUAGCAGUGAAGUCUCAGUUAGCAAGAGUGGAUGGCAGCGCUGCUAGCCCUUUAAGGUUCUCCAUUGUGGUCCAGUACAGUUAGUCCAAGAGGCUGCCAGUAGCCCAGUGAAGUACGAGGACUUUGUAGCCCUGUUUUUGUUUUUGUUUUUUAACCUAGACCCCCCCUCUUCAAGAAACCUAAUGGGCUAGACCCUGUGUUCAGUCCCAAGCAAGCUCAGAGAAUUUUCUAGGACUACUUCUGGUUCAUUGAUGCUCUUGUGAUUUGUACAGUGGAAAAUUAGAGGCAACAUCCAUUCAAGGUCUUUGAGUCAAGCCGGGUGCAGUGGUUACCUACAGUUCCAGUUACUCUGGAAGCUUGAGCAGGAAGGUCAUUUGAGAACAGGACCAGCCUGGUUAACAUAGCAAAAUUUUGUCUCAAAAAAAAUUGUUUUUAAUUUACAUGCACCUUAGAUGUAAAUCUUUCUGGGUGUUAGGGUUCAGUAGGAUACUGUGCCUGAUCUGACUCUGUUUUGUUAAGAUUGAUAUAAGUAUAUUCUUGAAGACCUUGAAGCAUUGGACUGUGUCCUGCUCAAGAAUCUUACUUCAUUGAAGAGUUGAAGGAUGUUUUGUGGGAGUAAGCGUAAGAUGACAGAUGAUGGAAAACCUUGUUCUCCUGGGAUAGUGACCUUUCUGGUACCCUUGCCACUCCAGGUGACUCACUGAAAGACUAGGCUGAAAGCCAAGACAAUAGGAUCAAGAAAGCACUUCAACAGACCCCCCUCCCCAGCCCCCCCAAGUACUGGGGCUAGAACCCAGGACCUUACACACGGUGGGCAAACUCUGUGCUACUGAGCCACACACCUAAGUCUGACAUCUCAAAGUCAGUGCACACAUUUCUUUAUGGGAAAUGAGGCCAAAGAGAUUGUUUUAUACAACUUCUACUCUUGUUCUUGUUUGGAUUUUUGUUGUUGUUGUUGUUUUGGUUUGUUUUUAUUUUGUUUGGCCAAUUGGUAGCUACUCGGCAUUUGCUGAUUGAUUGAAACAUCAUAUCCCAGCUAACUGGCCAUUUAUGUUGGAAGAAAAAGAAGCCUUUCCCAGCCCUGAGCAUAAUGUAGCUCAUUCUUUUCCAGCCAGUGCCUUUGAUUGAAAAUAGUGUCUGUUGCUUUUGAAGUGUGUCAUCCCUGGCAUCAUAAGAAGUCAUUUGGUUCCUCGUCCACCAUUUUCAUAAUGCACUAUAAUAUUCAAGUUUUUAAAAAUUAAGGAUAUCAAUUAUGUUUUGGUAAGCUUUUCAUGGCUAGCGUGGUUACCACACAGUACCAAGACAUCGGUGGCCAAUAUUUGUAGAAUCAGUAAUUUCCUUUUAAAGCAAUGAGUUUUUAGCCUGAAAGUUUAUUAAUUGAGUUAAAAGUUUAUAAAUUAAUUUAAAAUUAAUUUCUUUUUAAUUCUGAAAUUAGUUAAAAUUUGGGUAGAUGCUAUUUAAAAUCCAAAUUUUUACAUCACACCCAUGGGUCUGCACACCUCUUCACUUCAGAGAAGAGAUGACAGUGACGCAUUGGACAUGCACAGUUAUAAAUGGAUUUCAUUGUACUGUGGGAUUUUUAUUGUAACACUGUAUGAUAACCUAAAAUGUUUACUUGUGCCUUUGCUUUAAAUAAUUAAAGUUUCUCUUUUUACAAGA